AUGCACCUGCACAUGUGUCCCCAAACAAAGCACCGCCUUCGAUUCGCUUCCCGUGAAAGCCAUGCUCCAGGGCGCGCCAUGACAACCCGCGUACAUCGCCUGGAGAAGGUCGUCGUUGUGGCCACCAUGGUCAGGGAAUCACAGCGCCAAUUGCGCGCAGCUGGCUUCUACCAUUCGAAAUGCGACAGAAAACACGUCACAUUGCAUGGGCUACAACUCACGACACCACUUACUGGUCACGCUGGUGGAGAUUGCAUCCAAGGACCCUUCCAUGCUGCGUUGCUCAAGACCCAGCAGCCAGUUUUCUGCAUGACUGAUGACCGGGGUCGUUGUCGGCACUCGAGGUGGUACUGGCGCACAAAGCAGAAUGCACACUGCUCCCCUAGUCUACAAAUGUGGCUGUCUGACGAGGCAACAUCUGGAGAAUACGACGGGUGCGGCGGGCUUUCCCAGACCAAAUCCUCGACUUUUCCCAAGCAGUCCUCGCGCUAUCGCACCGGAUAA